AUGGCAGUAGCAACGUGGCAGACCACAAAAGGGGCAGAUGCUCUAGAAAUUGCUCUGGAACUCCUGGGCUGGCAUGAGGCGAGAGGAGACCGUCAUUUCCAAGGCAUCAUGCAGCUGCAUCUCGCUUUCUACAUGCAUAUGAAAGACGAAGUGAGGCGUUUAAUUGACAGCGGACAUAGUAUGGAGGCAAGAGGUUCGUGGCCUGGCAAAGAAGGGAGAUUUACACAGAAGGAUCUCCUAUGUAUAAACGAUACUAAAGAAGCCCACACAGUUCAGCAGUGUGUUGCCGCGAUUUCCAGAAAUACAAAAAACCUGGUCCAGAAAUUAGUGACCAAGGGAAAAGAUUAA